CUUUGAGAACCGAGGCCUGCAGGCUGGAGGGAACAUCCAGGGGGAUGGUGGGCUGCAGGAAGGACCCAGCCAGAGUGGUGGUGAAAUAACUCCUCUAUAAGGGGCCUUUCCAGCUCUGAGAAUCUGUGAAUUGUGGGCCUUGCUGGCAGGAUGCCUAGAAAGACUGUCCCUGGAGACCCAGCUGGCAUGUCAAGGCCAGUGCUGACGAGCACAAGCAUCGGGCUGGAGCAUUAGCCUCACCGAGAAGGAUCUGAAGGAGGCCAAGGUGCGGAGCCAGCAGAUCGCUGCGCAGCUGACCACCCCUCCCAGCUCCAAUUCCCGCGGCGUCCAGCUCUUCAAUAGGCGCCGGCAGAGGGUGAACGAGUUCACCUUGGAGAGCCACGGCAAGAGGGGACAGAAGCCCAGCCAGGAGUUCCUCAGAGCACUCCCUACAAGCCCCACAGGCCAUGCCCCAGGGCUCAGCCUGAGUCCCACUGCACUGCCUGAGCCAGGCCCUCCAAGGCACCCCAAUCCCAAGAGCCCCGACAAAGGGGUCCCUGGCCACAGCAUGGAGGGUUACUCAGAGGACGCCAGCUUGCUGCGGCACCUGGAGAAGGUGGCCAGUGAGGAGGAAGAGGUACCACUGGUGGUUUAUUUAAAGGAGAAUGCAGCCCUGCUGACAGCCAAUGGGCUUCACCUGUCCCAGAACCGAGAGGCCCAACAGUCCCCACCGACCCCACCUCCACCUGAGGUCCACAGCCCAGAUGCAGAUGUCAACCAAAACCUUUCCUCACCCAGUGCCACGCUCACCACACCAGCUUCUAACAGCAACCACAACCAGCCAGCCACUGAUGUCAAUCAGAAUCCACCGGCAGCUGUCAUCCUGCCACUUUCUAGCAUCCAACAGAAGUCGUCAGAGGCACAGCUCCCGCCCAAUGGCACAGUGCCAGAUUCCAAAUCCAGCACUCUGUGUGCUGAUGGGCAACCCCCAGUGCCAGCUGAGGAGGUGAGAUCCAACAUACUCCUAAUGGAUAAGGUAUCAACUCCACCGACCACCACCAGCACCUUCACCAGAGAAGCUACUCCCAUCCCCAGCUCCGGGCCCUCAGCCCCAGAUUUCAUGUCCAGCUCCCUGCUCAUCGAUGUCCAGCCCAGUGCCCUAGUAGUGUCAUCGGAACAAGAGAUGUCUGGACGGGUGGCUGCCACCACACCCACCAAAGUGUACAGUGAGGUCCACCUCACACUGGCCAAACCCCCAUCAGUGGUCAACAGGACGGCCAGGCCCUUUGGGAUCCAGGCGCCAGGGGGCACGAGCCAGAUGGAACGGAGCCCCACGGUAGAGAGACGACAUCCUGGAGAGAAGGCCCCAGCACCCCAGCCCCCUACCAUGGCAGACAGGAGUCCCCGGCCACAGAGACAUGCAAUGUCCCACAGUCCCAUGGUGGAAAGGAGGCUGGUGGGGCAGCGAAGCCCGGCCUUGGAGAAACGCCCCUUGGGGAACUUCACCCCACCCCCCACCUACGCUGAGACCCUGUCCACGGCCCCUCUGGCUUCCCGGGUUAGGUCUCCCCCCUCUUAUUCUGCCCUGUACCCCAGCUCCAACCCCAAGUCUUCUCAUCUGAAGGGCCAGGCAGUUCCCCUCUGCAAGACAGGCAUUUUGGAGGAGUCGAUGGCUCGCCGGGGCAGCCGGAAAUCCAUGUUCACCUUCGUGGAGAAGCCCAAGGUGACCCCGAAUCCAGACCUGCUGGAUCUGGUACAGACAGCUGAUGAGAAGCGGAGGCAGAGGGACCAGGGCGAGGCAGGUGUGGAGGAGGAGCCCUUCGCACUGGGGGCCGAGGCCUCCAACUUCCAGCAGGAGCCAGCACCUCGGGACAGGGCCAACCCCGCGGUGGCCGAGGAGGCUGUCCCAGAGUGGGCCUCCUGCCUCAAGUCCCCCCGCAUCCAGGCCAAGCCAAAGCCCAAGCCCAACCAGAACCUCUCCGAGGCCUCUGGGAAGGGGGCUGAGCUCUACGCCCGCCGCCAGUCACGGAUGGAGAAAUACGUCAUCGAGUCUUCAGGCCAUGCUGAGCUGGCCCGCUGCCCUUCACCCACCAUGUCCCUGCCUUCAUCCUGGAAAUACUCCACUAAUGCCCCUGGGGGGUUCCGAGUGGCAUCCCGCAGCCCAGCUCGGACCCCACCCGCCUCCCUUUACCAUGGCUACCUGCCUGAGAACGGGAUCUUGCGCCCGGAGCCCACCAAGCAGCCGCUGUACCAGCUGCGACCCUCGCUGUUUGUCCUCUCCCCCAUCAAGGAACCUGCCAAGGCCUCGCCAAGAGCUGCCUCACCAAGAGCUGCCUCACCCGCCAAGCCCAGCUCCCUGGACCUGGUGCCCAGCCUGCCCAAGGCGGGCCUCCCGCCGUCUCCUGCCCUGCCUCGGCCCUCCCGCUCCUUGCCGGGCCUCUACACCUCACCUGGCCAGGAUGGCCUCCAGCCUACUGCCGUGAGCCCUCCCUACAGCAGUGAUAUCUCCCCCGUGUCUCCCUCCAGGGUGUGGUCUCCCCGAGCCAAGCAGGCCCCCAGGCCCUCCUUCUCCACCCGAAAUGCCGGGAUUGAGGCUCAGGUGUGGAAGCCUUCCUUCUGCUUCAAGUAACAGACCCCCUUGGGAUCCCCACUGCCUGUCAAGGGCCCCUCUCUGAGGGCCAGGUGGAGAGCAGAUGUGGCAGGAAAUGGCCCAGGGCUGAAUGAGGAGUAGGGGAGUCUGUGGUUCAAGGUCUGAUGCUGCUACCAGCUAGCUUGUGACCUUGGGCAAGUUGCCUCCCCUCUUUGAGCUGCAGCUGCCCUUUCCCUACUGUGAGGGGGGUUGGACUCCAUGUCUGGGCGGGGAGAAGAGUCAUGGAAAGACAACUCCCUUGGCAAGCCCUGAUGGAGCUGAGGGGCUUCCUCUGCCCUUUGUGAGCUGUGGGGAUGCCAGAGUCUGAUGCCAGCGUCUUGCUGGGGGAAUGGCCUACAAGGGGAUCCCAACAGGCACCUCCAGAGCAGACAGAACUUGCCAGUGGCUGAGGAAUCAUCCAGCCACAGGUCUGCUUCAGCUGCCCCAGGAGGCCUCUGUCAUGUGGCCCAGGCUCCUGGCACCUUUCUUCCUGCUGCUGGAUUCUCACCUUCAAAGGCCUGUCUCUUCCAUCUCUGCCUCUGGACACCAUUUCCUCUCCACCGCUUCAGAGAGCUCUGCCUCGCCUCCACUUUUUCUCCUCUCCUGGGCCGCUCUGCUGGAUGCCCACCACCACUGCUGUCCAAUGCUUUUCUUGCUGCCCCUGUAUGCAGCUGCUUCCAUGGCCCCUCCAAGACCUGGCUCCCCUUUAGGGACACUCCAGGGCCCCGACCUCAGUCCUGGUUCCACCUGGUUUGCCCUCAGUGUUCUGAGGUGGGAGACAUUUCAUGAGACCCGUGAGAGGAGAGCCCUGUAAAAGGUUGUGCAGACAUGGGCCUGCCCUUAGAGAGUGGCCCCUACGAUGUAUUCAUUGGCUGUUUUCGUUUCAACCUGAGCCAAGAUCUGCCUGACUAAAAGAGGCUACCUCCGGACAGGGGAAUGGGCCCCAGGGAGAGAGCCAGGGCAGAGGGUUCUGUUCCCAUCUCAGCAUCACAUUUGCUGUGUGGUUUUAGCCAAGUUACUUUCGCUUUUUGGGCCCCAGUUUUUUUAUUUAUACAAUGAGGGCCCUUCUAGCUGUGACAAUCUGUGAGGAUUGAGAGGAUAGGCUGGUGUUUGGGGAGAAAGGUCUUGUAAGUGACAAGACAGUCCCUUCGGAAGAGAAGGAAGAGGAGGGGACUGAUGCCAAAGGACAGAUAGAGUUAGAUGUUUGUGAGGGCAACCUGGUGAGGAUAUAGUUGGAAUGAGCUGCUGCAGAAGGCAGAGGGAUCAGAAGCCUGGGCUGGGCCAGCUCAGGCUCAGGCUCAGGCUUGCCUGGAGCCAGUGGGAGCAUGGCAUGGCCUGGGGCAGGAGCACAGCAGCUCAGAGGGAAGGGACAGAAGAGAUCUGAAGGUUUUGAGGAAAAGUCUGGGACUUGAGACCUGGAUUAUAACAGACUGACUACAUGUUUAUCUUUGGGUUGCAAUUUCCCCGUUAAUAUAGUGAAGGUGUUGAGUCAGGUAGUAUGAGAUUUCCAACCACCUCUGACAUCUUUGAUGUGAUGCAGCCCCCUCAAACCAAGCUUUGGGGGAUCAGAGAAUACAGACGCAAGAGGCAGGAUUCAGAUGGAAGCUUCCCAAGCCAGGGGGCCGAGGACCACCCACUUUCUCUUUCCCAGCCCUAUUCCUGGGCUCCCCAGCGGGGUGAGGGGUGGUGGAGGCGGUGCUGGGCUGAGCCUGCAGUUUUCGUGAGCUCUGGGCUUGUCUCCAUGGGAACAGGGGGUGCCUUCCCAGUGAGCUCAUUCCACACAGAAUGAGGGGGUAUGUGUGGGGGAGUUGUGAGUGAGCUCAGCUGGUUCAUGCCAGGCCCCUCCCAGAGCAGUGCAAAGCCCCUGCCUUGGACCCCUGCUCCCUUUGACCCCUGAGGGCCAGCAAUGGAAGAGCCCACCCUCCAUUCUGCAGCUCCCACGGCAAGGCUGAGCUCUUCCCCCAACUUUGUUUUCUCUCCUGUUCUCAAUACACUCUGCCUCAAAUCUG